CAGUUAUGAACCUCUUACUGUCUUGUUUCACGUUUCAUGACUCAUAGAAUCGUCUGCCCCCGCUGCUGCCUGCCAAUUUUUGUUAAAUGGCCAACAUUUUAACGUGCGGAAGUCGAUUAACCGUAAAGUAAAUAUAAAAUUAAUGAAACUCGUUAAUCAUUAAGCACAAAUACUCCCAUUAAUUCGAGUGAAAAUUAACUCACAAUUGGACAUCAACGAAGUAAUAAACAAAUUGCAAAUCCACUGGGUGAAAUUCCUAGUAAUAAAUGUGUUGAAUCAAUACAGACCGACGUCAAAGAGCAGCUCUACACUUAUUACGUAUCAACGCAAGCCUUGAUUAUUUAGCGAAAUAUAAACCCGGCGAUGUCUACGUCGAUGAUGUCCGGGGCUAAAUUACAAGAUGACAUGAGUAGCAUACCGUUAGCAGAUGACGAUCCUCAGGUCAUUAUUCCUGAGGAGGAAGCUCCCGACAACAUGUCCCAUGUUUCGGACAUUCUCGCACAUGGCAGGAGCAUGGACUCCAUCCCUUCAACAUUCACCAAUGGCAGUAGCAGCCCUAACAGUUUGGAUCCGGACAUUAGCCCAGACGAACAAGAAGAAAAAGCCAGAUUAAUUGCUCAGGUCUUGGAAUUGCAGAAUACUCUGGACGAUUUAUCCCAAAGAGUAGACAGUGUCAAGGAAGAAAACUUGAAGUUACGAAGUGAAAAUCAGGUUCUCGGUCAGUAUAUUGAAAACUUGAUGUCAGCUUCGAGCGUUUUUCAAUCCACGAGUCCAAAAUCGAAAAAGAAGUGAAUUGUGUGUAAAAAUUAUUCUAACCAUGAAAAAGAAUGUUAAUGCUAUAUUCGCUCCCCUGGGCCAGUACGUAUGACUUGAUUUUAUAUUUCAAUGAUAUUUUUGGUCCAAAAGUGUAGGUGAGACGUAUGUAUGCGUACACUAGUAAACUUUUACGUUAUGCACAGUUUUAGCAGUUAUAAUUUCUAUAGAUCUGAUACUAGUGCAUUUACGAAAGACCAUCACAUUUGUAGUAUGGCUUUAUCAUAGUACUCGUAAUAUUAUAAAUAACUGACUAUACUCAGUUUAUAUGAUAAAUUUUGCCUUAUCAAUUAUCGACAUAUUAUAUCACUUUACUUUGCAAAGUUCGCACUAUUGAUUGUAAAUAUAAAAGCGAACACAAAAAUUAUGUUGAGUGAGACAAGCUACAUCCGUUUAGUAAAUGCCAACUCAGACUACUGAGUUAACUAGUCUUUUCAUACUUUUGGAAAAGUAGUCGAACGAAAAAAGAAAGAG